GAGAAAAGUAACAUGUGUCACCUGACAGCGCCGUUUACGCUGCUCUCCAGCGGCAGCUUGAACAACAAUUUCUAAAUGAAUACGGACACUGAAAAACGGGAAUAGACAUUAAACGGACGUUACGCAGUUAAGAGUUAAAACUGGAGAAUUCAUAUUAGAAACAUUAAAACUUACUAAUUAGAGAUAACUUCCGGGUCACCAAACCAGCAGACCUCGCUGACAAACAUGGCAGGCAAAGCAGGGAAGCAGAGUCGCCCUAGAAAGGCGGAGAAGGAUGAAGAGGAGCAGCCGCUGCUGCAGGCCGUUCUCGUCGCAGACAGCUUCAACCGCAGGUUCUUCCCCAUCAGCAAAGACCAGCCUCGGGCUCUUCUACCUCUGGCUAAUGUCUCCAUGAUUGACUACACAUUAGAGUUUCUGACCUCUACUGGAGUGCAAGAGACGUUUGUCUUCUGCUGCUGGAUGUCCAGCAAAAUAAAGGAACACUUACAAAAGUCCAAAUGGUGUCGCCCCACAUCUCCAAAUGUGGUGCACGUCAUCACCUCUGACCUGUACCGCUCUCUCGGGGAUGUGUUGAGGGACGUGGACGCCAAAGCUCUCGUCCGCUCGGACUUUCUGCUGGUGUAUGGGGACGUGGUGUCCAACAUCGAUGUUUCCCAGGCUUUACAGGAACACAGACAGCGACGCAAAAUGGAGAAGAAUAUCUCAGUGAUGACCAUGAUCUUCAAAGAGUCUCCGCCUGGUCACAAGACUCGCUGUGAAGACGAUGACAUUAUAGUAGCUAUGGACAGCAAGAGCAAACGCAUUCUUCAUUACCAGAGAGCACAGGCCUUAAAGAAACUUCACUUCCCUAUGAAUAUUUUCCAUAGUGGAAGUGAUGAGUUUGAAAUUAGGUUUGAUCUUUUGGAUUGUCAUAUUAGCAUCUGUUCUCCACAGGUUGCUGAGCUUUUCACAGACAACUUUGACUACCAGACAAAAAAUGACUUUGUCCGUGGGCUUCUAGUCAAUGAAGAGAUCCUGGGAAACCAGAUCCAUAUGCAUGUCACUAAAGAUGGAUAUGGUGCUUGUGUGUCGAACCUCCUCAUGUACGACACCGUCUCUUCCGACACGAUCCGCCGCUGGGUCUAUCCCAUCACACCCGAGGCCAACUUUGCAGACCAGGAAGGCCAGAGCUGUACUCACUCUCGACAUAAUGUGUACCGUGAGCCAGGGGUCAGUCUGGGUCACGGCAGCCAGAUGGAGGAAAAUGUGCUUAUUGGCCGAAAUACAAUGAUCGGAGCAAACUGCACCAUAUCAAACACUGUGAUUGGUGCAAACUGUGUCAUCGGCGACAAUGUUACUCUGGAUAGAGCUUACAUAUGGAACAGAGUCCACAUAGCCAACGAUGUGAAGGUCAAGCAGUCGGUUAUCUGUGAUAAUGUGGAGGUGAAACACGGAGUCGUUUUGAAUGAGCAGUGUGUGCUCGCCUACAACGUUGUGGUGGGUCCAGAUAUUACUCUUCAGGAAGGCACAGUUCUGUCCAUGCACCAUCCAGAUGAAGAGGAUGAUGAAGAUGAGGAUGAGUUCUUGAGCGAUGACGAUGUUGGCCACAGUAAAGACAAAACCAAACAGAAAGUGUUUAACCCAGCAGAGGUUGGUUCAGAGGGUAAAGGAUACAGAUGGAAGACCAGCAGUCUUGAUGACACAGAGGAAGAUGAGCUUGCUGAAUGCAUUUGGGGCCUAGCGUUGAAUCCUGACCCAGAGAGUGACAGUGAAAGUGAGGUCAGUGAGGGAUCACAUGACCUGGGAAGCCACCCUGCAUCACCUGAACUGGAUGAUGUCAAAGUGUUUCAGAAUGAGGUUCAUGGUACGUUACAGAGAGGGCUGGAUGAGAACAUAAGCUGUGACAAUCUGGUACUUGAGAUCAACUCACUCAAGUACGCCUACAACAUUUCUCUGAAGGAGGUUAUGCAGAUCUUGAUUCGAGUUGUGCUCGAGUUUCCUUUCCACCAGCAGGGGGCUCAGAUAAGCACAGCUCAGUAUUCAUCGCACCUGCUGCCUUUGUUGAAGAAGUGGGCGCCAGUCUUCAAGAACUAUGUGAAGAGACCUCAAGACCAACUGGACUGUCUUGCUUCCAUGGAGGAGGUUUUCCUCGAACGUGAAACUCAUUGGGCAGCUUUGGUCAAAGUGCUGAUGAGUAUGUACCAGCUGGAGAUCUUGGAGGAGGAAGGCAUCAUGAGCUGGUUCAGACAGAGCACCACCACAGACAAGAGCCAACAGCUCCGCAGGAAUCAAGGGCUCUUGAAGUUCAUCCAAUGGAUAGAGGAGGCUGAGGAGUCUUCAGAAGGAGACGAAUGAACAUAAACCAUCAUGUUUGUGACUCGCACAAUUUGGACGGUCAUUUAUACACUUUACAAACCAGAAAAAAAACACAUCUUGGUGUGUUUGUGGAAUGUUUCAUUCCUGACAAAUGGCAGCCUAUAUAAGGUGUGGAAAUAGAUAUUUAUUCGGGUUUUUUUCUUUGUUGAUUUCUGUAUGGUUGUAAUGCUUCAAUUGUUCGAACCAAAAUGAAAAUUGACUUAAAGGGUGCUGUAUUUAAAUUGAAAGCUAGUGGUUGAAAUGGGUACUGCAGCAGUCCAAAUUCAGAUGAUGCUCACGUG